AUUUAUCUUUCUCUGCUUAACAACUCCACAUCUGCUCAGUACAAAGUCGGAAACCUGUGUGUACACAACACGUACAUAUGUACGUUUAAUUCCUGCUUUUUUCGCAAAUCUAAAUACAAAUUACUACGAAUUACUAUGUCCACAUCCCCUUACCUCACCCCAGAAGGCCCCGUUCCAAGGGAGAGGAGGCGAUCAACAUCUACAAUUUCCAGUGGACUUGCGGAAGUAACGUUUGGAAAGGACAAAUUCAUGGUGGAGCUCAGUGUCGAGAAUUACACACCGGACGAGGUUUCUAUUUACUGUGAAGAUGGGAAAUUAUUUGUGGUUGGGAAAAAUGAGAAGAGAAAUCAUCCAAAAGAUACCAUUCUCAAGUCCUUCAAUCGUAAAUUUAACAUACCCGAUGGAAUGGACGGAGCUGGGUUAAAGUGGGAGGUGAGCAAGGAUAAAGUCUUGUCAAUUACAGUACCAAGGAAACAAAGUGAAAAAACGUAGUUAUACUUAUUACCCGUGAUUGAUCAGAGGAGGAUGUUGAUUUAUCAAUUUAUUUGAAAUAAUGUUUAAUGUAGGAACAAUUUAUUGAAGGAAAUACAUAAAAUAAGGAUACAAUUCACAUAGUGGUACUUAUUACUAUUUCAACUUAGUCUUUCUAAUAAUGUACUUAUACUAAACAUAAAUAAAUAUGUGAAUAAAUAAACAUAAACAGUGAAUUAUAAUUAGAUAUGACAUGUUACAAAGUUUGUAGGGAUUUGUUUACAAAGAGGUGAAACACCUUUAUGUCCGACCCUCUAUCACCAGGGUUCGGAAAACCCCGGGAUUUUUAUUGAAAAACCCGUGGUUUUGGCUGGGUCUUGGAAGUUUUGAGGUUUUUGUAUAAUUAUGGGGUGAGCUGAAACAACUUAUUUAAUUUUCAUAUUACAGCACAACUAAUCAAAUAUUCUUAUUUAGCAUGACUUCUGAACAUUUUCAUGUAUAAAAUAAAUAUGUGUGCAAAACUCAUCUGUAUAAAUAAUUAAAAUAAUUUUAUUUCUUGCUUAAGGAUGCCUUAAUUUGAUAAAGUUAUUAUUAAAUGUUG